GAUCUUAUGAACACGUCUUGUAGUAUUUGUCAGAAAUAACAGUUCACAUUGCGGUAACUACUUUCUAAAGCUGAAGCAGUUUCAGUUGUUACAGAAAUCGUGCUGAAACUUACAUAUUAGAAACAUAUAUUACAAUUUUUACAGUUUUAGUGCAAGUGCAAGUGUAUAAAUUAAGAAAAUGGAUCAUGUAACAAAAUUCAUUGAGCCAGGUAGACAAUUUGCCAAAGACUCUAUUCGGCUUGUAAAACGUUGCACCAAACCUGAUCGUAAAGAGUUCCAGAAAAUUGCUAUAGCCACAGCCAUUGGAUUCUGCAUUAUGGGAUUUAUUGGUUUCUUUGUUAAACUAAUACAUAUUCCAAUCAAUAAUAUAAUUUGUGGGCUCAUAAAUAUAGAAUGAGUGAAUGAGUUCUCAAAAUAUUUAUUAUCCUUUAUGAAUUUGUUUGGCAAGUUGUAUUUUGUGCCAAUUUAUUUCAAAUUGGUAUAAAUAUUCAUUUACAAAACAAUUCCAAUCUCAGCUGAAAUAGACAAUGUCAAAUUACACAUUUAA